UAGAUUGCAGAAACAGCUAGAGAGCUUGGAAUUAUGGUGAUUGCUGACGAAGUAUAUGGGCAUCUUACAUUUGGGAGUACUCCAUUUGUUCCAAUGGGAGUUUUUGGAUCAAUCGUGCCUGUUCUUUCACUUGGAUCCAUAUCGAAGAGAUGGAUCGUUCCUGGCUGGAGAAUUGGUUGGCUUGUUGUUAGUGAUCCUAAUGGCAUUCUUCAAAAAUAUGGGGUUGUUAAUUCAAUAAUUAGCUAUCUCAACAUCUCAUCUGAUCCUGCAACAUUCAUUCAGGGUGCAAUUCCAGAAAUCCUGGAGAAUACAAAUGAGGAUUUCUUUCUGAAAAUUCUCAACUUACUGAGAGAGGCUGUAGACAUAUGCUGCGACGGAAUGCAGGAUAUUCCUUGCAUUACUUGCCCGAAUAGACCACAAGGUUCUAUGUUUGUAAUGGCAAAAUUGAACUUGUCACUAUUGGAAGGCAUUAAGGACGACAUGGACUUCUGUCUCAAGCUUGCUAAGGAGGAAUCAGUCAUAGUUCUACCAGGAAUAUGUGUGGGAAUGAAAAAUUGGCUUCGCAUAUCUUUUGCCAUUGAGCCUUCAACUCUUGAAGUUGGCUUUCGGAGAAUAAAAGAUUUCUGUGAAAGGCAUGCCAAGAAGCCAUUAGGACAUGCAUGCCAUUGAUCCUCGUCAAUAAACGGAUUUCCUUCUUAAAGAUCAACAACUCCGCGUUGGAUCUCGAGGGUAAGUGCCAUUAGAUGUCUAUUCUAUCAUCAAGGAUCCCUUUGGUAAUUAGUAAGUUGUUGUUUGUUCAAGCACAUAAUCUUCAUAAUGGAUCAGAGUAUGUAAUUCAGAUAAUGGAAGUCCUUGACUACGUUAGAUGUUGUUGGAAAAUCUACCAGUAAAAUUUCUGAACUUUUUUAUAAGAGCUCCAAAUCUGUCUUAAUUUUGUA